AUGACGUCCAGCCGUCACGGACCCAAGCCAGCCGCCCCCGCGCCCGUCGCCCGCGACGACAGCAACGCCAGCCUGGCCCUGGCCCGAUCGCUCAGCCAGCUCUCCUUGGCCCAGAAACCCGCCGCGCCGAGGCCUCCUCGCCGCGGGAGCGUCGCCGCGGCAAACACCCCCCUGCAGCCGCCCCCCCUUCGAUCUUCGUCGGCCUCGCCGCGGCCUCGGAACCCGUCGCGCAGCCCGUCCAGCGGGCCAGGCUCGCGCCGCACCUCCUGCUCCGGCACGCCUCUCCUGCUGCGCAGAGCCUCCGCCAACUCGCUGCGUUCUGCCAGCGGCAACAACAACGGCUCCUCGAGGUCCCUGUCUCGGCAAGCCAGCUAUGGCCGGCUCCGGUCGCCGUCCGCCAGGAUGACGCCCCCCGAGGAGGAAGAGCCCCCCGCCACGGCCAGCUCGAUUGCAAACGAUUACUUCCGGGCCGAGCUCGGAGCCCUCCACGGCGCCGCAGCCGCCGUCGCCACCGACACCAUUGUUGUUCUCAACGACGCCGUCUACGGGCAUCGGUUCUCCCGCCCCAGGACCUCGCGCAACGCCCUGAGCACCAUCGUGGAGCGGCCGGAGCGCAUCAAGGCCAGCAUCCUCGGCGUGUCGACGGCCUAUGUUCGGCUGGGAGGGCGGCAUUGCCACGGCGACCUGCCCGUCGACCCCAAAAGGGACCUCGGCCGCGUCGACAGCAUACCCUUCCGCAUCCACAAGACGACGAGGCGCCUGUCUCUGUCGUCCCCGGCCGUCACAAACGUCCACGGCACAAGGUGGAUGGACGAGCUGAAGCUCAUGUGCGACUCGGCCGAGUCGAAGCUGGCCAUGGGAGGAAAGGAGCUGCAGCGGCCCGAUAUUCCCCGGGGGCCCGAUCAUCCGGCCCCGCAGAAGCUCCAUGAAGGCGAUCUGUAUCUAUGCGCCGAGUCGCUGGAUGCCAUGGAAGGGGCCCUGGGAGCCGUUUGCGAAGCCGUCGAUGCCGUCUUCGGACAAGGGCCUCGCAAGGCAUUUGUUGGCGUCAGGCCGCCCGGGCACCACUGCUCCGCUUCCCAUCCUUCUGGCUUCUGCUGGGUCAACAACGCGCACGUGGGCAUCAUGCAUGCCGCUCUCAACCACGGGCUCACCCACGCCGCCAUCAUCGACUUUGACCUGCACCACGGCGACGGCUCCCAGUCCAUAGCCUGGGAGCACAAUUCCCGGGCCAACGCUGUCGGCAAAGCCCACGCGCCGUGGAAGAAGACGUCCAUUGGCUACUUCAGCCUGCACGACAUCAACUCCUUUCCCUGCGAGAUGGGCGACGAGGAAAAGGUCAAAAAUGCCAGCCUCUGCAUAGACAACGCCCACGGGCAGACCGUGUGGAACGUCCACCUACAGCCGUGGGAGACGGAGGACGCCUUUUGGAACCUGUACGAGACGGUGUACAGUGCGCUGCUGGACAAGACGAGGAGCUACUUGAGGAACCAGGCACAGAAGCUGCGGGAAGCAUCCCGGCAGCAGCCCAGAGCCGCCAUCUUCUUGUCCGCCGGCUUCGAUGCCAGCGAGUGGGAGAGCUCCGGAAUGCAACGCCAUCACGUCAACGUGCCCACCGAGUUCUACGCAAAGCUCACCCAAGACGUGGUCAAGCUGGCCGAGGAGGAGGGCUUGGCCGUGGACGGUCGGGUGAUUAGCGUUCUCGAGGGCGGGUACAGCGAUCGAGCCUUGUGCUCAGGAGUGCUGAGUCACUUGAGCGGCAUGGUCGGGGGUGCGAGAGCCGCCGCCCGGCAGGGACAUGCGGCCAGAGGUCUCGCGCACGAGAUGGUCCAGAGGAUAGGCGUAGGCGGCGGCGGCGGCGGCGGCGACGGCGGCGGCGGCGACGGCAACCCGGCCCCGGAGAGCCAAGGGCCGUCGACCCCGUACAAUCCAUCCUGGUGGGCUAGCGGCUCGCUCGACCAGCUCGAGCAGCCGGCGGAGCCGCCGUCGCCGCCCAGGAAACCGCGAAACUCCACACCGCCGACCUACUCGUCGCCGACGCAAGCCUCCACGGCGAGGGUCGCCGACCCGGUCCGGAUGCGGCGCAGCUUGUCCAGCAUGUCCACGGGGCAUCCCAGGGCGGUCCAGCUGCGCCCGCCUUCCCCUCCCCCGCCCGAGGUGUCUUGGGUGGUCGCGGCCAAGGAGCUCUGCAACGUCCUGAUUCCGUCCGAUCGCCAAACAGACAGCUGCAGGCCAGAGGAUCUAAACGCCGAGGCCUCUCGGGCCCGACGGGAUCGACAGUCUCUCCUGCUCGGCAUCCCGCCACCAGCACCAGCGGCGCCGGAUCGAACAGCGUCGCGCAUGUCGCUGCGGGAAAGAAGGACAAAGGCCAUUGGUCUCAUUGACGAAGAAACGGCAGGCGAAAACACACUGCCAAAGACGAGAAGAAGGCAGACCGCUGCUGCUGCCACUACUACUACUACUACUACGCCUAUGGCAUCUCCAAUCAAGGCGAGCCAGGCGGCCGGGUCGCACUUUGGAGCUCAGUCUGCGAGGAGGCCGAGCGGUCGGUUGAGCGGCGCCCCCACCGCUUUGACACCCCCGAGAGAGGAAGUCCCGCCGGUGCCUGCGGUGCCUGCGACGGCACCCGUCCCGAGGCGAACGACAGCAAGCCGGCCGACCUCCCGGGCUGGCAGAACGCAGAGCAGCGACAAGCUGCCUGUUCACAAGGGCAGGGCGGCGUCGACACGCAGGGAGUCCGCUUCCAGAGACGCCACAGGCGCGAGAGCGGCGAGCACUCCAGCAAGAACAAGCCAGCAGCAGGCCGUCGCGGCUGGCGCCGACACACCAACGCCAGCCACGGGCUUUCCUCUUGCUGUCGCGGGCGACGACCCGAAAGCCGACAUGGAGGAUAUCACCAGGGGCAUGAAGAAGAUCAAGAUCAACCUGAUUACACAGUCGCAAAGGGAAGCAAGGCAAAAGGCCAUGGAAGAAGCAAACUGCAAGGCUGAACGUGGCAAGAACGUCCACGUCCACGUCCACGUCCACGAUUCGGAGACCAUGGUUAAGCCAGGGAGGCCACCCACCGCUGCUGCUGCUGCUGCUGCUGCUGCAUCGUCUUCGGCUUCCACGGCGCCGGAGGAGCACCGUGCUCCCCCGAGCCUGCGCGCCAGUCAACCGCGAGCACCGCCGACGCCGUCUCUGAGCGGGGAUCCAACAACUCCUGUGGAGGACUCCUACCCGCCCAGCACCCCGUCUCCUGCACCAGGGCAGACAGUCCCUGCGGGGAGCUCUCUCCAUAUGCCCCAUGUUGCCAUACAGCCAGCCAGCGACGCCGGCCGAUUCUCCCCCCCCCACCCUCCAGAGGGCCUGGAGCCCGCGGCGAAGCGGUCGUCAGCAUAUGUUCCGACGCCAUCAGCUGCAUCUCCCAGUCUUGUAACGAAGAGGCGGCAGAACAGCCUCUUUCAGUACACGUCUGGCAUACCCUUUGCGCCGAGAUCGGACGAAAACGCCGCGCGGAAACGCGGCGCGUCUGAGAGCACCCAGCCUGCAGGAAAUGCGAAGCCAGAGCUGAAGCCGACUGCGCACUCCUUGUGGCCAGGGCCGCGACCAAAGACCUGA